AUGAUAAGCGCCUACUACAUCCUAGGACCUGGCACUGUCACGUGCCAUGAACCAAACCGGAUCACACAGACCUCCCAGCCCUUCCAGGUCCAGGAGCUGAGAGUCCUGCCUGCUCCACCCCCUCCGCCGGUGCAAACUGGCCUGAAGCCACGAGGGGGAGCCCUUGCCCCAAGAGCAAAGGGAAUCGGACAGGCGGUGCCCGUCCUGGCCAAGCCCAGAGGAUGGAGGCGGCUGUGCCCAGCCCCAGGCGAGGGAGGAGCCACAACCCAGGUGGGGCAGGUUGGGAGCCUGGACGCAGGUGUGUCCCGGGCAGCCAGGGGAAGUGAUUGCUCCCUGGCCUGCAGAGGCGUAAGAAAGCAGACGCAGACGGUUGGCCCCAGGAUCCAGCUCUGGGAAGGCAGCUUUGUCUCCCAGACUCUAUCUUGGAAGAAAACAAUGGAAGAGAAAGGGGCAAGAAACUUCAAGGAACUUCGAGCCAAAUUUCAAAAUCUUGAUGCUCCAUCUCUUCCAGGACCUAUUAAAUUCCCAGCAGCUAUUUCUCAAAAGGGUGACAUUGGAAGCACACCAUCAACCCAGAUUCCAGCCAACGGGAAACCCCUCUCAGGCAACCACAAGCAGCCCCCACCAUGUUGUUCCAGAGGCGAGUCCCAGCUUCUUACAGCCCAGAAAAUGAAGCUGGCCCAGAGGAGUGGAAUUCAGGAAUGCUCUAAUUCCCCAGGAUCUCUGGGAAAGUCUACUAUGUGUUCUGCAGUAAAUUCACAGAAGCCUUCACUGUUGUUAGAUGUGAAUCAAUCAAAUGCUGAGAUAACCCAUAAGGAGAAAGUGAUGGUGGCCAAUAGCUUCAGAGAAAAGCUCUGGAACUGGGAGAAGGUUUCAUCUCAGAAAAGUGAAGUGUCAUCAACCCUUCUCCUUGCCAGUUGUGAAAGUGAGGUCCUCUGUGUGGAAAGGCAAAAAGGCCUGGGACUUACUCCAGAGGACUCGAGGAAAAAGACAGAAACAAAAGGAGCCCAGACUCUUCCUUCCCAGAGGCACUUGAUGGCCCAAAGAAAAUCACUUCCUGCCGCUGAAGAUCCCUCUUCUCUACUUUCUCAAUAUGGCAGGAAGAGCGAGAAAAAACCCAGUCCCGAGAGAAGCCCAGCAGGCAGCACGUGUCAGCCUAUCUAUGAGUGUGAGCUUGCCCACCAGGCCCCAGAAAAACAGCCAAAUGUCAGGCAUCACCACUUUCCCAAAACGAAGCCCCUGCCUUCUAUCGAGUCACUGGGUCCUCCUCCUCCAAAGCCUGCAAAGCCCCCUGUCGUGAGCCUCCAGGCCUUCCUGAGGCAGCCAGCUGCUGUUCCCAAGACCCAAAGGGAAGCGGCUGCGGAAGAGUGCCACCUGCCUCCAGAGAGUGCAGAAUUUGAAGAACCACAUAAUUAUGAGGCAACAAUUUCAUAUCUGAGACACUCUGGCAACUCCAUUAACCUGUGCACUGCAGAAGAAAUUGCUGAUUCAACUUAUGAAGUUGGAAUUGAAGAACUUCAAAAGCCUUGGAAGAGUUUUUUCCAUCAAGAACUUAGUCCUAAACAUGAAGAUGAAGGUAAAAAAAUGAAGGAUGAAGAGCCCUGUGAAUUGGAACCUCUGAAAACAGAAAAAGAUCCACAUUCAGACCAUCCUUUCAAGGUAGAUGCCUGUGACGGGACACCUGGAAAGAUCCAGAUGACCAGUGUCCACACAGGGGGAAGGAGCAUGCUGGCUGGGAAGCAGGAUGCUGCAACUGACAUUACCCGGACAAAAGCCUCCCCUGAGGGCCCGAAGCUGGCCAGGCACUCCCAAGGCCAUGGUGGGUAUGUGGAGGCUUUGCAGGCAACUAAAGAAACCCCAGACCCUGAAGCCUUUAAGUCAAGUUCCAUCUCAGAGGAGACAUAUGAUGAUGUUGGGUACCCCAGGAGAGAGACAACAAAGUCAGACUUCUCUAACUCAUUUGCCUCAGACAGUGAAGAAAAUAGUGAAGAAAUGUAUGAAGAUAUCUACAAAACAAAGAGUAACUACUCAAAGAUAGAUUUAGAUGGAAAAGAAACACUGAAAAGACUCCAGAAAUUCUUCAAGAAAGAAAAGAAUAGAUUUAAAAUGAAGAAAACCAAGUCAAAAGAAAAUGUAAGUGCAUCUUCCAUCUCAUUGCCUGAUUUAGAACUUGGGCCUCAAGGAGUUAUUAUCUAUGAUGAUGUGGACCUGAGUGAAAAAGAGUCGAAAGAUGAAGAUAAACUGAAAACUUGGAAGCCCAAGUUUUUGAUACCAAAGGAAAAAAAAGAGAAAAAAAAAGAUGUUGAAGAAUCAGGAAGUUCAUCUUCUAGAAAUUUCUUCAGAACCAAGAAGCAAAACUUAGAAAAGAACAGAAUGGAAAGAGAAGAAAAACUUUUUAGACAAAGAUUCAAGUAUGACAAAGAGAUUAUUGUCAUCAACACAGCAGUGGUGUGUUCUAAUAAUUCAAGAAAUGGAAUAUUUGAUUUGCCAAUAAUCCCUGGAGAAGAACUGGAAGUCAUUGAUACCACUGAACAAAAUCUAGUGAUAUGUCGUAAUUCUAAAGGCAAAUAUGGAUAUGUGCUCAUUGAAAAUCUACAUUUCAAGCCCCAAAGUUGGUCACCUUAGGAGGAUCAAGAUCAAAUGGUAUGGGCUGCACAAGCAAGAACUAGUCCACAAUCUUAGUUCGCAUGUCAAAAUGAGAUGGUGGAAUCUGUGGAAACUUUCAUUCAGAACUUAGAAGAGAAAAAUAAAAACAAAUUCUCAACAUUA